UGCCGGCGUGGGUUGGGCAGGCUGGAGAAGACCUGAGCCUGAGGUCUGCAGACUGAUUCUGGGCAGCAGGGCGGGGUCUGGCUGGCUCGGCAGCGCUUUAUAUAAAGAGCCCGAACUCCCGGAGAACAACGGUAGCAUUCAGCCUGCGCGCAGAGUGGGAAGGGUGCGGGGGAAAGGCCACAGGGAGGGGGCAAAAAAAAAAGAGCGACGAAAGAAAGGGACCGUGAGAAACACCACAGGAUUGCAAUUGUCCCCGUCUGGGAGUGGAUACUCGGCACUCAUGGCUGCGGCUGCUGGCAACUACCUGUCGCUCUGCUUUGUGGCAUGGGGCACCUUGGUGGCGGCUUUUAACCUGGAUACUGAAAAUGUCAUCAGGAAAAGUGGAGAUCCUGGGAGUUUGUUCGGAUUUUCUUUGGCGCUGCACUGGCAGCUGGUACCGGAGGAUAAACGACUGUUGUUGGUCGGUGCCCCUCGGACCAAAGGCUUCCCAUUGCAGAAAGCGAAUGUAACUGGUGGUUUAUUUGCUUGUGAUGUCACGUCUCCAUCAUCAACCUGCACACGGAUUGUGUUUGAUGACUCAGUUGACUUAACAUCGGAGAGUAAGGAGAACCAGUGGAUGGGUGUCAGUGUUCAAAGCCAAGGGCCAGGAGGCAAAGUUGUGACGUGUGCCCAUCGAUAUGAAAGAAGAAGGUUUGUGAACUCGAACCAAGAAUCACGUGAUAUCACAGGAAGGUGCUAUGUACUCAGCCAAGACCUCACUAUCACAGACGAAAUGGAUGGUGGGGAGUGGAAUUUUUGCGAUGGCCGACUGAGAGGGCAUGAGAAAUUUGGAUCUUGUCAGCAAGGUGUUGCUGCAACAUUUACAAAAGAUUAUCAUUAUGUAGUGUUUGGCGCUCCUGGAACAUACAACUGGAAAGGAGUUGUUCGGGCAGAGCACAAAAAUAGCUCAUUUGAUGAUCUGUUAAUUUUAGAAGAUGGUCCAUAUGAAACUGGUGGUGAAAACAAACGUCUUGCAGAAUUAGUUCCCGUUCCAGCUAACAGUUACUUAGGAUUCUCUUUGGAUACUGGCAAAGGAAUAAUCUCACAAGAUGAAAUGACCUUUGUUUCGGGUGCUCCAAGAGCUAAUCACAGUGGAGCGGUGGUCCUCCUGAGCAAAAACCCUCCCUAUGAAAGGAUGCUGUCUCCAGAACAUAUAUUUGAAGGGGAAGGUCUGGCCUCUUCUUUUGGUUACGAUGUAGCCGUGGUUGAUCUGAAUAGUGACGGGUGGCAGGACAUUGUUGUUGGUGCGCCUCAGUUCUUUGAUAAGAAUGACAAAGAAAUUGGAGGGGCUAUUUAUGUAUAUAUCAACCAAAUGGGCAAAUGGAAUGAAGUCAAGCCAAUCCGCAUUGAGGGGACUAAGGAUUCCAUGUUCGGUGUUUCUGUAAAGAACAUUGGAGAUUUGAAUCAGGAUGGAUUCCCUGACAUUGCGGUUGGAGCCCCUUAUGAUGAUGAAUUUGGAAAAGUGUAUGUGUUCCAUGGAACAAAGGAUGGGAUAAAUAGAAAACCAGCUCAGGUUCUUGAGGGAAGAAGCACAAAUACAAAGUCCUUUGGGUAUUCCAUUGCCGGAAAUAUGGAUUUGGACAAAAAUACCUAUCCAGAUCUUGCAAUUGGAUCCCUGUCAGAUUCUGUAAAUGUAUUCAGAUCACGUCCGGUUAUCAACCUGAAGAAGACCAUUAAAGUCACCCCAGAUAAGAUAGACUUUAACAAGAAGAACUGUGACGCUCCCAGUGGAAUCUGUUUGGACGUUGAAGCUUGUUUUGAAUAUACAUCAAAAUCCAAAGAUUAUAAUCCUUUUCUGACUCUCAGCUACACAUUUGAAGUUGAAAGUGAACGACAAAAGCUAGCUUUGCCAUCAAGGGUUCAGUUCAAGAAUCUUCCCUUUGAAAAUCAGAUAACAAAAACUAUUGACCUCCAGGGGCAAAAUCAGCAGAAGUGUGUCCAAACCUCACUCCAGUUACAGGAGCCCAUUCGAGACAAACUCCGCCAGAUCCCUAUUUCUGUAUCUGCAGAAAUUAAAUCUGCUCGUUUAUCUAGGCAACGAAGUGGCCAGCUUCCACAACUGGUUCCAAUUCUGAAUCAAAAUGAGCCAAAAACCACUACUGCCAAUGUCCAGUUUCUAAAAGAAGGAUGUGGAGAAGACAACGUAUGUAACAGCAACAUGAGAAUGUCCUACAAGUUCUGUACCAGAGAUGGACCUGAAACCUUUACUGAAUUACCCAAAGAAAAUGGAGUCCCGGUCUUGUCUCUCAAAGAUCAGAAAGAUAUUGCUGUAGAAAUAACAGUUACCAAUAACCCAUCAGACCCGACAAACCCUAAAAAGGAUGGGGAUGAUGCCCACGAAGCCAGACUUACUGCAGAUUUACCAAAUGCCUUGUCUUACUCAUCCAUGCGUGAUCUGUCCCACAGUCCUGAAAAACAAUUUAUUUGUACAUCAAAUCAAAACGGGUCCAAAGUAGGAUGCGAACUGGGAAAUCCAUUUAAAAGAAAUGCUAAUAUUACAUUUUACCUUAUUUUGAGCACAAACGAGAUAUCGGCGAACACUACUGACCUGGAAGUUCUUCUCAAUUUGGAAACAACGAGCUCCCAAGCCAACCUUGCUCCAGUGGUAGCCAAAGCUCGGGUGGUUGUUGAACUGCUUCUUUCGGUCUCGGGAGUUGCCAAGCCAUCUCAGGUGUACUUUGGGGGAAAUAUUGUUGGAGAAAGUGCUAUGAAAUCAGAAGAUGAUAUUGGAAAUUUAAUUGAAUUUGAGUUCAGAAUAACUAAUUUUGGACGGCCUCUUAAAGCACUUGGCACAGCAUUUUUGGAUCUUGAGUGGCCAAAGGAAAUUACCAACGGGAAGUGGCUGCUGUACUUGAUGAAAAUAGACUCUAAAGGGUUGGAUAAAGUGACUUGUCGGCCUGCUGGUGAAAUCAAUAAAUUGAAACUUUUGGAGUCUGGAAAGACGAGAAGCAGACGCGAGAUUAGUGAAAAGCAGAGUGGAGAUGAGAAAACAUUUUCCCUCUUUUCUGAAAGAAAGUACCUGACAUUGGACUGUAAUAACCAUGCGCGAUGUGUAACCAUAAGAUGCCCACUCCAAGGCCUGGACAGUAAUGCAGUCAUUGUGGCACGGUCCAGAUUAUGGAACAGCACGUUUCUAGAGGAAUAUGCAAAGAUGAAUUACCUUGACAUCCUAGUGAAAGCAUCGAUUGCCAUAGACACAACUGCUCAAAACAUUAAAAUGUCAAAAGAGGGGUACCAGGUGCGUCUGACUGUUUUCCCUGAGAAGACAGUAGCUCAGUACACAGGAGUGCCUUGGUGGAUUAUAUUGGUUGCCAUUCUCGCUGGGAUCUUGAUGCUGGCUCUUUUGGUCUUUCUACUAUGGAAAUGUGGAUUCUUUAAACGGUCCAGGUACGAUGACAGUGUCCCAAGAUACCACGCUGUACGAAUUCCUAAAGAAGAACGCCAGGUCAAAGAUGGCAAACCCAACAAAAGCAAUGAAAAAAAACAAUGGGUCACAAAGUGGAAUGAAAAUGAAAGUUAUUCCUAAGGAUAUUUUUUAUUUAUUUAUUUGUUGAAAAAUUGACUAAACGGUUGUGUUGUGGGUAUGUGAAUGAAACAUGGGCUUCUGUCUUAUUGGGCUCAGGAUAGUAUUCUCUAUUCUAGGGAUAUGAAAAUUGAAAGAGAUUUAAAAUGUAAACCAGAAAGGCAUGUGAAAUCAGUCUUGACAUUGCAGGGGUCCUGCAGUAUGUGUUUUAUAUAGCUAACAGGGGUUAUUGGUUGAUGCACAAACGCUGGAGGUCCAUUGCUGACUUUACCUGCCAUGUGUCAGAUUUCUUGAAGACAAUGAGUAUGAGUCUCCACUUACCAUACCUUAGUACAUAUCUCCUCCUCCAGUGUUGGUGGUGCGUAUACUCUCUGUCUAGAAAGAGCCCUGGUAGCUAUGCGGGUAAGAUGAUAAUAAGCAAUAAAGAAGGAGGCAGCCAUGCGGGUUCUCAGUAGAACUUCUCUUUGAAUCCAUGUCUGUUUUCAGUCAUUGAGGUCUCCAGUAUGGUCUUUCAUUCCUAACGGAUGAUCCCACCUUGCUGGCCUGUAGUCAAUCUGCCUUAAUGUACAGCUCUUGGUAUCCAUGAUUGUACUAGUGUAUUACACUGUGAUAAAUUUCAAUUUACUGUAAA